AUGUCGGGAGCUCCAGCGGGGUCUGGGAGUCAGGUCUCGGCGACGGGGGCUCCAUGGGGUCGGCUCUUCACCCUGCGAAAGCUUCCACGUGGACGGGCCCGUCCUAGGCCUCGCUGGUUGUUUCCAUCUGGGUCCGUUUCACAGUCGUUCCUGGAGGUCGGAAGAUCUCCCUGUUGUACCCUCACUGAUCUUCAUUUCACAGAUCAACCCUCGAUAUUCCCUGCUGAAACGGUUGCAGGAAAGCCUAUGAACAUAAGCUGCACCUUCAACACCACGUGUAAUGGAACGGCACCCAACCUAACCUGGGUCACCCCUACUGAUGUACCACCGCCAGUCUCAAGCAGUGUAACUCACUGGGGAGACACUCUGACAUACACUUCUGUUCUGACCUUGACCCCAGAGCUCAAACAUCACGGGGAGAAUAUCACCUGCAGAGUCAGGUACCCAUCUGUUUCAUCGGAGCAGACUCUCACACUGACUGUGCAACCAGUGGAUCAGUCGAUACCAGUCAUCCCAUUGGCUGCUGCAGCAGGGGCCGUAUUCCUGAUCAUCUCAUCGGCCGUGAUUUGCUUCAUUCUCCAGACCCGACAGAGGACCGACAGACAACUAAGAGGUGCAUUAAGACAGGUGUCAGAGGGAAAAUCCGGAACGAUGCCAAUUAGAGAGCGACUCAAGCAGGAAGAAUUUAAUAAAAUGUACUAUGCACGGUCUCGAACAGCAAAGGAGAAAGCGCCAAAGGAUCGAGCAACUACACUGAACCAUCAUGUGAAUCAACGUCAAGGUGCUGCCAUUUAUGAAAACUGCCAGUUUGAUAACAGUCCUAUAUAUGCGAAUGUUUAAUCAGAUCAGAAAUGGAAACUGCAUGCUCGGGGAAUAGCACAAGAAUUCCACUUUAAAAUUCCACUUUAGCUUCUGAGGAAUUCACCCCCAAAAACAGUUUCAAACUCACUGAUAGAAAAAACGCCAUUAUGGAGUGAUGAGCUCACUCAGUUUACUUCUGUGUGUCCUGCUUCAGUCCAGUCCCUCAAUUGUGGACACAAUCUCCUCUCCUCUCCAUCAUCACUGUUUGUAGGUAUCGUUAGAUUGUCCAGCAGGAGAGGCAUCCACCUUCAGUCCCAUGUGUGCGAGGGCUUCAUUUUCAAUUUGUGAGUCACAUUCUGGUCUGUGAAUUCUUACACUUUGGUCUUUUCUGAGUCCAGACGCCCGGGAGGAAGAAGGGUUAAAGGGUGAUUGGACCAGGUGAGAUGGAGAUAAUUUGCCCGCUGUAUUAUUGUUCUGCAAUUCUCUAUUUGUUUCUGUGUCAUACUCUGUUUUUUGUUUUAAUUAGUCAAAUAGUGCUGGGCCCAGCCCGGGACCCAUGCUCACCCCUCACGUAAUGCCUGUGGCUGCACCAACCGUCUGUGGCUGUGAGGCUCCCAACUUCUAGCCGGCCUUGCUACUGUAGCCAUUCCUUGAGGCAGAAUGGAUGAGUCU